AUGCAGGACAGGCAGCGUCGGUUUGUAUGGUUAGAGUUUGCCCCCACUCACGAACUUGCUGCUUGUGAAGAGAAAAAAGAAAACUGUCGUGCGAAUUGCACAGUGAAAUUGAACUUGGAAUUGAAAGUAGAUCAGUUUCGAAGCGUAAUGGCAAAUCAGCUAUCCAAAGCACAGUCUGUCGUGCCGCUAUUGCAGUCGGCAGUCAUGACUGUUCGUUAG